GGGCUCACCAUCGCCGUCCUGGGAGACAUCAGCGGAGGCCACUUCAACCCUGCUGUGUCCUUGGGCGUGUGGCUGGUCGGUGGGCUGAACAUCACGAUGCUCAUUCCUUACUGGGUCUCCCAGCUCUGCGGAGGGAUGAUAGGAGCCGGCCUGGCAAAGGCCGUGGCAUCGAGCGAGCGGUACGUGAACGCCAGCGGGGGAGCCUUCAGCAGCAUCGCGGCUGACGAGCAGAUCCCCUCCGUCCUCGCGGGUGAGAUCGUCAUGACCGCCUUCCUGGUGCUCGUGGUCUGCAUGGGCGCCGUCAACGGGAAGACCAUGACCCCGCUGGCGCCUUUCUGCAUUGGCUUCCCGGGCACGGCGGGCGAGCCAGUGGGGGGGGGUGGCGUGUCCGGAGCCUGCAUGAAUCCAGCCAGAGCCUUUGGGCCGGCUGUGGUAGCAAACUACUGGGACUACCACUGGGUCUACUGGGUAGGGCCCAUGAUCGCUGCCCUCCUUGUCGGCGGCCUAGUGAGGUAG